AUGCUUUGCAAAUGCUGUAGAACGGUAGAAGAGUUAAAGCGCGCGAAAGACAAUAUCGUCGUCGACGGGCGAGAUGUGACUUUGCGUGAAAUGAUCGAAAUCUUCAAUUUUCCCCAAGAAGUGGACAUAAUGAACGACGAUGGAAUUUGCCAAAUGUGUUUGGAGCAGCUCGAAUGCUGCUAUCGAUUCCACAAUGCGCUGCUCAAAGCACUUUCGCCAUUGGAACCAGUUGAGACGAAUGGACCAGAACAAACAGAACGACGCUUUACUUGCAGCAUCUGCGACACGGAACUCGCUACGGAACUAGAGCACGCGACACAUUUAAAACUGAGCCAUCCGCAGCCACGGUACUUCUAUUGCACUCCGUGCCAAAAACCAUUCAAAACCAGGCGCGGCCAGCUGCACCAUGAAAGCAUUCACCACAGCACCACAGCCGAAAGUUUCUCGUGCGGCGUUUGCCAGCGAUCGUUCAGCACCAAAACCAACUACCUGAACCACAUGCGACAUCAUAAGGAUUUUUUGUGUAACUUUUGCCACACCGGAUGGUUGUCGGAAGCGGUGCUGUUGGAGCACGUCCGCGACCGCCAUGCUGAUCGCCUGUUCGUAUGCCCGUACUGUGAUAGAAAAGAGCGAUUGAGAAAAUGUCUCAACCGCCACAUACGAUCGAGCCACCACAAGCAGAGCGGCCAUUACUUCUGCGGCUAUUGCGGUAUCGCUGGCACGGGCUAUAGUGACUUUGAGUCACUAACGGAUCACCUACGGGAACAGCACAAUGACUCCGCCGCGUACGAGGAACUGUUGAGCGAAAGCCUCUUUGUGAAGGAACUGGCCCCUUUGGAAUGUCCACAAACGACGGGCGCGAUGAGCAAGGAGCAGGAAGAGUUUUUGCAAAAUGUUAACCUUACACGAAACACCAAAGUAAAGGAAACAGCACCAUGCCUGGCCGAGCCGAAGCUCGACCAGCGGAUGGUGCUGGAGGACUUUCUGGACGAAGCAUUCGAAAACGACGAGAUCUGGAAGAAGUACAUCGAAAACGGAGAGGAGUAUCUGAUCGACGAUUACGACAUCUACUUGAAGGGGAUGGUGGUGGUGCCGCCGCCGCACGAAUCCUGCUUGUAUCGCUGUCCCCGGUGCGGUGAUCGGGGUUUUGAGAAGCAAAUUCAACUGACCAUCCAUCUGGCCGAAGAGCACGACGUGGCCAGCCUGGUGUGCAACGAUUGUGGGGCAAGCUUUGCACGGCUACAGAGUUACCGAAUGCACCGGGUCGAGCACAUGAAGGAGAAUGUUCGCUUCCGAGAAAAUAACAUCCCGGAGGCCGAGGAAGCCCUGUCGCUCGUGCACAGCAACACCGUCGACUACACACUGAAGGAGGAGGAACGCGGCUACCGGUUUACGUGCAGCCUUUGCGACCGAUCGUUCCAGCGGAAGCACAAUCUGGAGAAACACAACUGCCGGUUCUACAAGGAGCACCUGGGUGAGGGUGACAUGCCGGCGAAGCAAUGCCAAUACUGUGACUUCCAGAGUCCGUCAGCCAAGGACCUUUACAACCAUCAGCGAAGGCACCAGGAGGCCAGUCAGGAAAACAUCUACUGUACGCUCUGCGAUCGUCGAUUCAGUUCCACCUCGGGUCUGAAGUAUCACUUGAAGCGUCACACGGGCAUCAAAGCGUUCACCUGUUUGUACUGUGGCAAGAAGUUUACGGCCAACUCCAAUCUAAACGCACACGUCCGGCAGGCGCACAGCGAGUACAAGAUGUACCCAUGUAGCGAGUGUGACGCAGCGUUUGCGACAAAGGAUCACCUCACCAAACAUCGACGAUCGCGCCACCUGCAGGACCGUUCGUACGUUUGUGGCGAAUGUGGCAAGGCGUAUCUGCAGCGUUCCCAUCUGAACGGUCACAUAGCAGACUGUCACCGGGAGUGUCGUUAUCUGUGCCACGUCUGCAACCGUUCGUACGUUCGUCGUAGUGCGCUAAAGCGGCACCAGCUGCAAAAUCACGGUAUACAGUGA